GGUCUCUGUCACAGUUCUGACCUCACUGCUGAGCAGCACAACAAACCAAGCCUCUCUGACUGUGAGUCCCAGCAGAUCUCAGAUGUUUAAAGAUGAAUCUGUCUCUCUGAGCUGUGAGGAGGACGACAGCUCUGCUGGAUGGACUCUGAGGAGGAACACAUCCGGAGAAACCAGGACUCAGUGUGGAGAUGGCUGGGGAAGACCUGCUGGUUCUUCCUGUAAAAUCUACUUCAUGAUCCCCGGGGACAGUGGAGUUUACUGGUGUGAGUCCAGAGAGGGAGCAACCAGUAACAGCAUCACCAUCACUGUCCCUGGUGGACCAGUGAUCCUGCAGAGUCCUGUCCUCCCUGUGAUGGAGGGAGAAGACCUCACUCUGACCUGUAGAACAAAGAUGUCCUCCAACCUCCCAGCUGGUUUCUAUAAAGAUGGCUCCUUCAUCAGGAAUGAACCUGCAGGUCACAUGACCAUCCACCAUGUUUCCAGGUCUGAUGAAGGACUCUACAGGUGUCACAUCAGCAGUGUUGGAGAGUCUCCACCCAGCUGGGUCUCUGUCACAGAGAAACCCACGACUACAAGUCCUCCUACAACCUCCAUUACCUCUGGCUUCACCACUUCUUCCCCUACCCCCAGCUCCUCUCCUCCUCCCUCCGGCUCCUCUCCUCCUCCCCUUGUGUUGUGGUCCAUUGUUUCAGUCGGUGUCCCGGUUCUGCUGGUUCUCCUGGUUCUCCUGGUGAUACGAUGCAUCUGUAGCAAACCUAAAGCUGCUCAAGCUGAGGCUGGAGAUGAUGACAUCACAAACAAUGAUGUCACAAUAUUGAGACGGAGCAGAGAGACUUAUUCAAUUGCAAUCUACUCCGGAGUGAGAACAGAAGACGACAGUCAUGGACAAAUAGGAAUCAAAGACAAGAAAUCAACCAGGAAGAGACUAUUUCGAUUAGCGGAGUAA